CUUAGUAAUAUUUAUUAGUUUUAAAUUCAAGGAAAAAUUAGAGCAGAAAAAUAACAAUUUGUAGAAUUUUGAAAUAAACGAACAAAUUUCGUUAUAUCAUCUCAACAUUACAGUUUUUUUAACCUUUUGUUCUUUAAACAAAUUUUUAAAAAUUAACUUAAGUUACUUAAAGUUAGCGAGAAGUAUUUAAUUGUUCUUGAAUUUUAUAAAUACUGCCGAAGCUAAUUAUUUAAUUUGUAGUUAUUAUGGAUCUUUUGGGGUCAAUCAUGAAUUCAAUGGACAAACCUCCUACAAUUGACACAAAAGAAAAAUUACGACAAAAAAAGGCCCAAGAAGCAUUUUUAAAACAGCAGAACAAAGAAAAAGCUCGAAUUUUACAAUUUCGUCAUGAAACUGAGAUAAAAGUUACUGCAUUUGCCCAAGAUGAUUAUCAAACCAGAUUGAAAUUUCCUACUUUAGAUAAAGUUCUUCGAAAUAUUGUGCAUGAAAUUUCUGAAGAUGCUGGUAUGUUAGCAUACUCAUUUGGAGAAGAAGAAGUUGAUCGGUAUAUCAUGAUAUUUAAAAAAGAAUCUCCUCCUUGUGAAGAUGAAUUAAAUGCUCUGAGAAAUGGACAAGAGUGGAAUGAAGAAAUUGCCAAAAGACUUGCAGCACAAAGAGAACAAGAAAAAAUUGAUGAAAUGCUAGAUGAACAGAAGCGUAUGAUGCAAAAACGAACAAAUCAAGAUAAACCUAAAUAUAAUUAUAAAGAAAAGUAUCAGCACUUAGUUGGUUUAGAAGCAGCAGAACAAGCUGCAAAAAAGACAGAGACUAAUAAAACCUAUGGUUUUGUUCCAAGUGAAAAUAAAAAGGAUUUAAGAUCUAUUGAACAAACACUGGCUGACAUACGCGAAAAAAAACGUUUGAAAUCAGAUAAUGGAGAUGUCAAGAAUCAAGCAAAAUAAAAACGAGAUUCAGACAGAUGAAAACGAGUAUUUUUGUUAGACAAUUUUUCGAUAGAUAUUGAUACUUAAUCAUUUAGUUUAUUAAGUAUUGUUAUUCA